AUGUUACAACAAUCUUAUGCACCUUCUUUUAACUCGCAAACUGUUCAACAAAAUGGCAAAAUUGAUAAAGUUGAGUCACACAUCCCACCUGAAAUAUUAUUGGACACACGUCAUCCCGAACCAAUUCGCCAUGAAAUCGUUGAAUCUGAAAAACCGUUGAAAUCAAAUGAUCUUGAAAAUAUAGAUGUUAAACUUAAUUUCCAUCGUGAACCUGUUACCAUAGCUGAUAAGGUCGCUUAUCAGGUUAUUAAGUUGAUAAGACUUCCCGUUGAUUGGUUUUUUAAGAAAAAAUACAUUCAUCGAGCUGUUGUGUUGGAAACGAUUGCUGGAGUUCCGGGUAUGGUUGGAGGAACUGUUCGUCACCUUCAAUCUCUUAGAAAAUUGAAACAUGAUGGAGAGAUCGAUGCGGGUAAUAUUCCAAAUAUUAAAAACAUUCCUGAUAUAGCUAUUGAUUAUUGGCAUCUUGAUCGUGAAACUGCGACUUUACGAGAUUUAGUUUUGGCAGUCCGUGCUGAUGAAGCUGUUCAUCGUGACACAAAUCAUCACUUUGCCGAUCGAAUUGUGCUUGGUCGCGAAGACUUAAGAGAAGAUAUUAAAAAUAUAAUUGCUAACGAACCAAAUCGAUUUGGUGAGAAACUUGGGAAAAUUGCUGGGGUCAGUCAGGAUGCUAAUGAGAAAUGGAAAUGGAAAUAA